AGUAGUAUCAGAUCGGCCCAUCUGCCACGAGAUCAUCCUCGAGGCUGGGGUUGUACCUUCGUGUGGUUGCAUUUACCGCAUGAGCGAGGAAGAGUUAAGUGUGCUACGAGCACAACUCGACGACCUCCUCGAGAAUGGAUGCAUUCGGCCUAACUUUUCGCCAUAUGGUGCUCCCGUUCUCUUCGUCCAGAAGAAGAACAAGGAUUUGCGGUUAUGCAUCGAUUAUCGCAAGAUCAACGCACAAACCGUCAAGAAUGUCGGCCCUCUCCCGCACAUCGACGAUCUUCUCGAACGGCUGGGCAGUGCUAGGUUUUUCCCCAAGCUUGACCUCAAAUCGGGUUAUCACCAACUUGAGAUCCAGCAGGAAGACCGCUACAAGACCGCGUUCAAGACGCGAUAUGAACACUUUGAAUGGUUGGUCAUGCCAUUUAGCCUUACGAAUGCCCCGGCCACAUUCCAAGCGACAAUGAUAAUGGAGUUCCGACACAUGUUGGAUAGAUUUGUGCUCAUCUACCUCGACGAUAUCUUGGUGUACAGUCGGAGUUUGGACGAGCAUGUGGAGCACCUGUGCACCGUUUUGGACCGGUUACGACAAGCCAAAGCCAACCACGACAAAUGCAAAUUCGCAUGGCAAGAGCUUGAGUACUUGGGCCGUUAUGUGACGCCACAAGGCAUCCGUCCGCUUGCAGACAAAAUCGAGGCCAUCCACGUGUGGCCCAAGGCCACCAACACCACGGACGUUCGCUCAUUUAUGGGAUUGGCGGGCUACUAUCAACGCUUCAUCGUCGGGUACUCAAGAAUUGCCGCACCUAUGACGGGAUUACAACCGCCAAAGGUGCCAUUCGUAUUCCAUGACGACGCACGCCGGUCAUUCCAAGCACUCAAGACGACCAUGCUUAUGGCACCCGUCCUUAGCAUCUACGGCCCCACCUUGCCAACGAGAGUGACAACUGACGCUUCCGGCUAUGGCAUUGGGGCAGUCUUGGAACAACAUGACGGCGACGAUUGACACCCCGUGGAGUAUUUCAGCCACAAAGUGUCUCCCAUCAACUCAC